UUUUUAUUGGUCGUAUCGUCCGGCAUCGUGAGCGCGUACAGUCGCAUUAAACCCGCGAUCGGAGCGCACUCAGCUUUUCCACUACAACGUCACACAAGAUAAUGACCGAUCCCACUUCCGACGCACCUGCUAUGGACGAGUUCGCGCAGACUCGAGGUGGCGAUGACCUCUUCGACGAUGAGAUCGUCCCCGUUCCCGCCGUUGAACAGCAACCUGAACCCGAAGUCCACACGGAACCUGCCCCCGCUCCUGUUGUCGAAAGCGAUGCGCCGCCACCUGCUCGAACUGAUACCCCAUCAUCACGGUCUCGUGGAGGCGAAAGGCGAGGACGGGGUCGAGGCAGAGGACGUGGUGGGCGGGGAUCGCAUAAUGGAGGCCGUCGGGGGGAUGGGGCUGUGAAGAACAAGCCCGUCGAAAGUGCUCCUGAGCAUGAGAAUAAGAAUGAGGAGGGUUCGACUCCGGAGUCGCCGGCUGAGGGAGAUCAGAAUGGCAAGGAGGAAACAACGGCGUCGGAUCCCAAGCAGGCUGCAGCUCCAGAGGGACCGCGCGUGCCUGCGGUUCGCGGAGACAGAAGUGCUACAGGUGGUUUAAAAAAGCCGAAGCUUACGGAGGAAGAACUCUCCCGUCGCAUCGCUGCCGCCAAAGAAAACGCUGCCAAAGUUGCCGCUGCACAUGCUCGAGCUGAGGCAGACCAAGCGUCGUUCCUUGAGCGCGAGAAGGUCGCCGAAGAAAAGCGACGCCAGGAACGCCAGCAUCGCAAGGCCAUGGACAAUGAACGGGAGCGUAACCGACUGCGCAAACUGGGUGCCUUGAACGGAAGGGAGUGGGACGCCGAGAAGAAGGAGGAACAUUACAAUCCCCGUGGUGGCAGGGGUGGCUUCCGACGAGGUAUGCACGGCGGUGUGUCUGGGUACGCCCGACGCGACUUUGAUUCCCAGCCCAGUGAAGAAGCCAGUGAAGACGCCCGUCCUCCUCAUCAUCGCGGCCGCGGACGUGGUGGUCGAGGUGGACGUGGCCGCGGUGGACAUCGCGGGCCUCGAGGAGAUAUUGCAGCGUCCGAUGGUGCUGCUGAUCAGCCUGCUUCGGGUGAAACCAAGCCUAAAGCAUCUGCUCCAGUGAUCAAUAACGAGUCUGAGUUCCCUUCUCUACCUGGAAGUGAGAAGAAAGAGAAGGAGAAGGCUGGUGAGGAAGCGCCCGCUACCCCUGAUCUGCUCAAGUCGGACUCCUUGUCACCAGUGGCGGGAGCUUCCUGGGCCGAUCAAGUCGAGUCUCAGUAAUCAUACAUUUACGAAUCUGCCUGAUUUCCUGAUCAUUGUCAUAUGAUUUCAAGUCCAAUCUGCGCCAAAGACACAUGAAUUCUUGCACUCAUAUUCCCCCUAAACAGUACUUGUUGCUUGCUU